AUGUCAUCAGGACAUAAGUUCAAUAAAUCCAAUAAACUAAGAGCCUAAAUUACAUUUUAGAAUAAUUUAUAUUAUGAAGGAGAGGUAAUAACACAUUAAGAAGUACACAGUAUAGAAGGUUAAGGAACAUUAUUUACUGACAAGUCCAAAUUUUAGAUCAUAUUCGAGGGCAGUUGGAGAAACAAUAGUUUUCAUGGUACUACAACUAGUAUUAGAUUGAAACUUUUAAUGAUUGGCAUUUUAAUUGGAAGAUAGUUGAAGGUAUAAAUUACAUUCUAAACUUAAGCAAUAUUCAACAUGAAUGAUAUUAUUGAAGGCAAAGUAGACUUCUAUUAAAAAGAAGAUGUUAUUGCUGAUAAAAUUGGACAUUUAAAAUGA